AUGCCUGCCAUCUCAGACACCCUGCGCAAGUUCAACCCCUGGCAUAAGGGCAAGUACCUCAGACUCAAGCUUUACCAUGCCGUCCCUCCACCCCCGCCAAUCACCACCCGAGCCGCCUACGGUCUCAUCGCCCUCUAUGCCCUGAGCUACUUCGUGCCCUUCUACCUGUCCCGGACCACCCGCCCGUCCCCGACCCUCUCGCGGGACUCGCCCUCGGUCAUCCGGGCCCGCAUCCGCUCCGUGACGCUGUCAUGCCUGGCCUGCACGGCCGCCACCUACGUGGUCGUCUCGCGCGCCCGCGCCGGUGCCACAACACCCCUUGAGGGGCUACACCUUCUCGGCCUCUGGCCCGUCGCGCUGUGGGACUCCCUCCGCGUUCUGUUCCUGACGGCUCUGCUCUUCGCGGGCCCGCUGUUCAGCUACCUGGUCGUCGACCGCGGCUGGGCCGACUGGGCCCGCCUCGAGCCGCUCCGCGAGGUUUGGUCCGAGUGGACGACCUGGCGGAACAUCAUCGCCGGCCCCACCACCGAAGAAAUCCUCUUCCGCACCGCCUCCAUCCCCCUAAUGCAGCUCGCCCACUGCCCCCCACGCACCACCAUCCUCCUCACCCCGGUAAUCUUCGGCCUCGCGCACGUCCACCACCUGUACGAGUUCCGGCUCAUGAACCCGCGGCUGCCCCUCGUGGCGGCCCUCGCGCGCUCCGUCUUCCAGUUCGCCUACACGACCCUCUUCGGCGCCUACGCCACCUUCCUGUUCCUGCGCUCCGGCUCGCUGCUGGCCGUGUGCGCCGUGCACGCCUUUUGCAAUUGUAUGGGCCUGCCGCAGGUCUGGGGGCGCGUUGAGCCCGCGCCGGGGCCCGUGGCCGUGUCGGUGCCGGUGCCGGUGAUGGUCGGGGGGGAGAGGGACGCAUUGCUGCAGCGGCGGGGUGGGGAUGCCGCGAGGCCGAGUAUCGCAUGGACGGUGACGUACUAUGUGUUGCUGGUAGGGGGCGCCGUCAUGUGGUAUAGGAAUCUGUGGGUGUUGACGGAGAGUGAGAAUGGGUUGGUGCCGAGCUCGGCGUUUUCGGGGGGGUCUGCAGUAGGGGUUGGGAUGGGCAUGGAAUGA